AUGGAUGAAGUACGCCCAACGGACUCUAUGGAAGGCGAAUCGCAAACAACUUUCGACUAUAAGCCUUUAGAGUCACCAAACGCCUUUCGAACCUUCACCCUGCUUCCAGGAUCAUCAUCAGAGCCAGUGCAGUGCACAAUCAACAACCGAGCUCCAGAUGAUGUAACGCCUUACGAGGCUCUUUCAUACGUCUGGGGAAAAGAAACAGAUCGCACCAACAUUGUGUGUGAUGGCAAGGAGUUAAACAUCCCGCAGAAUCUAUCAGAUUUCCUUCUCCAGUUGCGGUCUCCAACCGAAGCCCGUGUCCUUUGGGCCGACUCCAUCUGCAUCAGUCAAGACGAUGAGAAGGAAAAAGGACUCCAGAUCCGCCUUAUGCGCUCUAUAUUCCAGGAAGCCACCAAGGUUCUCGUUUGGAUUGGCACGGACAGUUCGGGAGUUGCCACGUUGGCAUUCGACUUUGCUUACGAGAUGUUCCACACCGAACGGCCCGAGGACCUUGAACAAACGUCAGAACAUUGGAAAGCCAUAUCAGUCCUAUUUCAACAAGACUGGUUUUCGAGGAAAUGGUGCUUUCAAGAGAUCGUCUUGGCAAAAGAGGCUGAGUUCAGGUGGGGCGAAGCCACUAUAUCCUGGGAGCAUCUGGGCUGUGCCGCAUCCUGGAUACAGGGUAAAGGUUACGAGGCACUUUCGGAACUGCCUUCCCCUGGUGUCCAUCACGCCUGCCUGGCGUAUUCUUUGGGGAAAAUCGGCACUGUGGGAAAAGAUACCAACUCUCCGGAGAACAAGAUAACUUUCCCCCACUUGAUGAUGCUCACUCAGAGCCUUGAGGCCUCAAAAAUCUACGACCGAAUCUUUGCACUCCUGGGGAUCCCAACAGUUGAUGUCGACGGAGACAACGGUGCGACCUUCAUGGACCCGGAUUACGCAAUCAGCAAUGAGGACCUGUUUAGGGACUUCGCUAAGAGGUGCAUUGAGUCAUCGAAGAACUUGGAUGUUCUUUCAGCUGUCUAUCACGGUAGACACAUAAUGCAGAAAGGAACGUGGGUGCCUCAGUGGGAUGUAUCAAAGCCACGUUCCAUCAUCCCUGCUGUUCUCGGCGCAAAGCAGUUCUCUGCUUCCUCCCACCUCGGGGAAUUCCGAGCAUCAAUCAAAGACAAACAGCUUAUUGUGCAUGGCGAGGAGGUGGAUAAGAUUGUGAAGACCUGUGGGGUGAUUCCUGACAUCCCAACUCUUCGGUCUAACCCCUACCUGAUACAGGACAUUUGGAACACCAUCAUCGCAUUGCCUCCGGAUGCGCACUCAGAAACGUGGAGUCUCGAGCAUAUCCGAGGCAGCAUGUGA